GGCUCUCUAUUUGUGUUUGGUGGCGAAAGGCGAAACGCGAUUUUCCUAGGCGCCAAACUGGCUAGGCAGUCCUCCCGCGCCUGCUUCAAUCGAGCAGCCGCCGCCGCCGCCGCCGCUACCAGCCCCAGCCCCAGCCGUGGCGUCUCCACCACCGCGCAAGCGCAAGCGCAACCAUGCCGUGUCGACCCGUCUCCGCCUCACCCCUUGAGCCUCCUCGCUAACCACCCGCACCCCGCGGUAGCCCAGUUCCCGAGCACCGGCUUCUCCCACCUCGCCGACACCCCGCGCCUCGCACGCGCCAUCCACGCCACCCUCCUCCGCCGCGCGCUACCGCUCAGCGCCUUCCACAGCAACACCCUACUCGCCUUCUACUUCUGUCGCCGCUCAGCAGAUGCCGCGCUCCACCUGUUCGACGCAAUGCCGGAGCGCACCCCGUCCUCCUGGUACACCGCCAUCUCCGGCUGCGUCCGCUGUUGCCACGAACCCACGGCGUUCGACCUGUUGCGUGGCAUGCGUGAACGUGCAGUUCCGCUCAGUGGCUUCGCUCUCGCCAGUCUCGUCACCGCGUGCCAGCGCUGGAACAAGGAAGAGGGCCGCACCUGUGGAGCCGCCAUACACGCGCUCACGCACAAAGCCGGACUCAUGGUCAACGUGUACAUCGGGACAGCCCUCCUUCACCUCUACGGCUCCCGGAAGCAUGUGUUGGACGCACAGAGGUUGUUCCAGGAGAUGCCUGAGCGGAAUGUCGUGUCGUGGACGGCACUCAUGCUCGCCUUGUCGUCAAACGGCUACUUGGAAGAGGCUUUCAGAGCUUAUCGCCGGAUGAGAAUGGAAGGUGUUUCGUGCAAUGCAAAUGCGUUUUCCACGGUGGUCAGCUUGUGUGGGUCACUCUCACUCGAGAGUCACAUGGCUGGGCUUCAGGUGUUUUCCCAGGUCUUAGUUUCUGGCCUACAAAGGCAGGUCUCCGUGGCAAACUCACUGAUCACAAUGCUUGGUAACAUUGCAAGGGUGCAAGAUGCCGAGAAACUCUUUUAUCGAAUGGAGGAACGUGACACUAUAUCAUGGAACGCUAUGGUGUCAAUGUACUCACAUGAAGGGCUCUGCAGUAAAUGCUUUAUGGUAUUUUCGGAUAUGCGUCGUGGUGGAUUGUUAAGCUAUGAUGCAACUACUAUGUGCAGCCUGAUACGCGCUUGCGCCUCCUCAGAUUAUGUCAACAUUGGAAGUGGAAUUCAUUCCCUUUGCCUCAGGGGUGGUCUGCACUCUUAUAUUCCCGUGAAUAAUGCCCUUGUUAGUAUGUAUUCUGCUGCUGGGAAGUUCGUUGAUGCUGAGUUUCUGUUCUGGAGCAUGGGCAGAAGGGAUCUAAUAUCAUGGAACACUAUGAUUUCGUCGUAUGUGCAAAACGGUAAUAACAUGGAUGCAUUGAAGACACUAGGUCUGUUACUUCAGACUAAAGAAGCUCCAGAUCGGAUGACAUUUUCCAGUGCUUUAGGAGCAUGUUUGAGUCCAGGAGCUUUGAUGGAUGGCAGAAUGGUUCAUGCCAUGAUAUUGCAGUUAAGUAUUGACCGCAAUCUACUGGUUGGUAAUUCUCUCCUCACGAUGUAUGGUAAAUGCAGCUCUAUCCAAGAUGCCGAGAGAGUAUUUCAGUUGAUGUCAACUCACGAUGUUGUUAGUUGCAAUGUACUUAUUGGGAGCUACGCAGCGCUUGAGGAUUGUACCAAGGUAAUGCAGGUAUUUACUUGGAUGAGAGGUGUGGGAUUAAAACCAAAUUACAUAACAAUAGUGAGUAUCCAGGGUUCUUUCAAAUUUUCAAACGAGUUACAGAAUUAUGGAUUGCCCCUGCACGCAUACACAAUCCAUACUGGAUUCAUAGCUGAUGACUACGUUAGUAACUCUCUGAUCACAAUGUAUGCAAACUGUGGCGACCUAGAUUCAAGCACUAAAGUCUUCCGCACAAUCAUCAAGAAAAGUGCCGUUUCCUGGAAUGCUAUGAUCGCUGCGAAUGUUCAACAUGGCCAUGGAGAGGAAGGCUUAAAGCUUUUCAUGGAUAUGCAGCAUGCUGGAAAUAAUAUUGAUCAUGUUUGUCUAGCUGAAUGUUUGUCAUCCAGUGCAAGCCUGGCAUCACUAGAAGAAGGCAUGCAACUACAUGGUCUUGGUGUGAAGUGUGGGCUGGAUAAUGACAGUCAUGUGGUUAAUGCUGCAAUGGAUAUGUACGGGAAAUGCGGAAAAAUGGAUGAAAUGUUGAAAAUGCUUCCUGAUCCUGCCGUCCGACCCCAACAAUGCUGGAAUACACUGAUAUCAGGUUAUGCAAGAUAUGGAUAUUUCAAGGAAGCCGAGGACACAUUUAAGCAUAUGGUGUCGAUAGGGCGAAAUCCAGAUUACGUAACAUUUGUCACUCUUCUCUCAGCUUGUAGUCAUGCUGGUCUAGUGGACAAGGGCAUUGAUUACUAUAACUCUAUGUUAUCUGUAUUUGGCGUUUCCCCUGGAAUAAAGCAUUGUGUUUGCAUUGUGGAUGUCCUUGGACGUUUAGGGCGAUUUACAGAAGCAGAGAAGUUCAUUGAAGACAUGCCAGUCUUACCAAAUGAUCUAAUUUGGCGUAGUUUGUUGUCCUCUAGUAGAACUCACAAAAAUCUGGAUAUUGGGAGGAAAGCCGCCAAGAAACUCCUUGAGUUGGAUCCUUUUGAUGACUCAGCUUAUGUUCUUUUGUCGAACUUAUAUGCGACAAGUGCAAGAUGGUCUGAUGUUGACAGACUAAGAAGUCACAUGAAAAGCAUCAAUCUAAAUAAAAGACCUGCUUGCAGUUGGCUUAAGCAGAAGAAAGAAGUGAGCACCUUUGGUAUAGGUGACCGGAGUCAUAAUCACACAGAAAAGAUCUACACGAAGCUAGAUGAAAUCUUUCUGAAGCUCAGGGAGGUAGGUUAUGUUGCCGACACCUCAUCGGCACUGCAUGAUACAGACGAGGAACAAAAAGAGCAGAACCUUUGGAACCACAGCGAGAAGCUUGCAUUGGCAUAUGGCCUUAUCACUGUUCCGGAAGGAUGUACAGUAAGGAUAUUCAAGAAUCUCAGGGCCUGUGCGGAUUGCCAUUUGGUAUUUAAGCUUGUCAGUGUGGUUUUUGACAGGGAGAUUGUGCUGAGAGAUCCUUUUAGGUUCCACCAUUUCAAAGGAGGAUCAUGCUCCUGUUCAGAUUUUUGGUGACAUUAGUUGUGGUUGAUUCUUUUUUUGCGGGUGACAGUUUUUAAGGUUACUAUUUAUCACUUUGAGGAUUCGCAAAGAAAUCACACCAGGAAUCUGCCUGUGUUCUUUCCGGAACAAAUUAUGUGGAGCCAACCAGCAGUAGACGAUUCAUGACCUAAUAUUUUGUUAGUGCAUACACUGAACAUGAACGCCGCAUCAUGUCAGUUACAGUUCCUCCUUUGGUCCUUGUUGAGUUGUUGAAAGUAUGGACCCUUGAUUUUAAUCAUGUACUCCUUCCGUUGUUAAAUAUAAAACCUCUUAGAAACUGCACUAUAAACUAUAUAUGGAUUUAUAUAGACAUAUUUUAAAAUGUAGAUUGAUUCAUUUUUGCUCCUUUUAUAGACUGCAGUUGGUUUCAUGUGCACAAUCAGGGUAGUUACUCUGUUUAGACAUUAAUGUCCACAUGGCCUGUAACACCAACUUUCCAAUCGAUUGAUUGAUUUUCCUACAACGACAUUAUAUUGCAUUGAA